AUGCAAGCCAACGACGAUCUGUUCACCCCUGUCACGCGGUCAUAUCAUUUAUUGACGCAACUGGUUGAUGAUGUCUUUGAUGGUAGCCCAGCGUCAUCAGAUCUUAGCCAGCUUUCUGUGGAUACCAGAAACGGAGUGCGAGGCCACUAUUCCCAAGCCAGUCAGCCAAUACUCCAGUUCCGCCGUCAAGGAUACAAUCACCUUGGAGCUCCAUUGCCUGAGUUGUACGAGAUAGGCAACACGUACAAUAAAUACUUCGAUCCAAGCAUUCUCAACAGUCUCAAUAGUCUCAACGGUCUUAAUGAUCUAAAUGAUCUAAAUGAUCUUAACGAUCUCAGUGGUCUCAACGGUGAUCAGGUGGGAUAUCUUUCGGUCCGGGAUUGGCUAAGCAGCGACAUCCCACCGUCCCAGGCUGAAUGGUCUGAGCAAGUCUCGGCGUACGGGCCCCUAUUCAGGAUUACGGGAUCUACUGUCCAUGACACAGGCAAAGGAGACCGCAACGACGCUGAUAGGGAAAACCGCUUUCGAUUCGAUACCCCUAGUUCUCCAGUCCACCUUGCUGACGGAGAAUCCGAAGACACGACUUUGGAGAGCGCUAUUACUGCCGCGAUGCCAGUGUCUAUUAAUCCAGUCAUACCAGCUUCAAUUCCCAACCAAGCUGACUCGAAUACCACCCCAGCUGAGUACUCCGCCACUCCAGUACAGCCCAGUGCCGCCCGGAAGCAACCAUCCCCUCCCACUCUCUCCACUUUGGUUGGUCUCAAGCCAGAAGAGGAGAGGCCAGCAGAGGAGCUGCCGGAGACUCCAAUCGUGCUCCACUUCAAAAACCGCGAUGAGGCCGUAAACGCAUGCCCUGGUCCAACGUGGGUACCUCUUAGACCCGAUGACACGAUCCCAAAGAGCGAUGUGGAUCGACAGCAGGUGGUCAUUCGCCUGCUACGUGCUGUCAAGAACCGCAAGGAUAACCUAGAUAAACCUAAUGGCCCUGUGUAUCGCGCACGAUGGGCUGCUAGGAGUCCAUCUGGCGAGGUGGUCGAGUACUAUAACCCAGAGGAGAUGGAGAAAGUCUGUUGGGAUAUCGAGAAGAUGGUCUACGACAUUCAUACUAAAGGCCCUUCGUUCCUCUCCAUCCACGACAAGGAGUUCUUGAAGGUGGCUUCGAAGACGAAAAUAUGGACAUAUGAAGACCGCAUCACAAAUCUCGUUGAACUCUUCUCCCAAUCAAAGGCGAAUUGUGAUAAGCUGAUGAAGGGAGAGAAAGUUCAGAUUUAUGUUGCCGCACCAAACGAGCUCUUACACAGUAGCAAAGCAAACCGAAAACAGAACAGCAACCGUGAUCAAUUUCUUGCAGCAGGCAGGAGAGAGGUGAAGCGCAAGCGGGAGAGCGACGAAAGAGCAAGUGGAAAAAAGAUUAAGCGGGAAGUUUAA